CUAUGAAGAGCGAGAAACAGACUUUUUAUUCACAAUUCAUUAGCAACAUAUUCUUUUUUCUACUCAUUCAUUCCAUUGAUUAUUAAUAGUUCUUUCCAUCUAACCCACCACGCAAUAAAAAGGUCUUAAAGUCCAUUUUCCCCAGCUUCCCUUCCAAGAAUCUUACUUCAUAAAUCUCAACAAAUCCAAGAGUAAUAAAGAAAAGUUGGUUUUUUCUUGUUCAGAGAUAAUUAAUAGAUGGGUUUUGAUGAUAUAUGUGGCACGGGCCUUGCUUUAGGAUUUGGGUUUUCAUCAACAGCCAAUAAUCAGAGAUCAAGAAAACCACCAGCUGAUAAAGGGGGAUCUCUUAGUUUUGAACCCUCUCUAACUUUAAGCCUUUCCAAGGAUAAAUCUGCUGAUCAUUUGAGUUCCUCGACCUACUCUAAUGCAAGUGUGAAAAGGGAAAGGGAUAUUGGUAGUGAGGAGACAGAGGUAGAAAGAGUACUUUCUUACAGAGUUAGUGAUGAAGAUCUAGAUGAUGAUGUUUCAAAUGGAAGGAAGAAACUUAGGCUCACUAAAGUACAAUCUGCCCUUUUAGAAGAAAGCUUCAAGCAACAUAGCACUCUCAAUCCUAAGCAAAAGCAGCACUUAGCUAGGAAGCUUAACGUAAGACCUCGUCAAGUGGAAGUUUGGUUUCAGAACAGAAGAGCCAGAACGAAGCUGAAGCAAACGGAGGUAGACUGUGAGUUUUUAAAGAAAUGUUGUGAGACGCUGACUGAUGAAAACAAGAAGCUUUACAAGGAAGUGCAAGAACUGAAAGCUCUAAAACUAGCGCAGCCCUUAUACAUGCAGCUGCCAGCGGCGGCCACCCUCACCGUGUGUCCUUCCUGCGAAAGAGUCGCCGACGCCGGCGAAAAAGCUCCGACGAAGCCUCACUUCUAUGGUCCCUUCACUAGUCCAUCAGCAGCUUGUUAGUUAUCUGCCACUGCAAUAUAUAGGAAUAUUAUUGUUAUUAUUGUCAUGUUAGAUUUUUAAGAAAUCUCCCAAAACCGGCCACUUUUUUUUUUUUUUUGGAUUAAGGGCUAGUGCGCAAAUGAAAUGACGUGUAUAAUCAAUUUGUAUAGAGUUAGAAGGUUACUGACCAUUAAUCAAUAUCUUUAAUUUGUUCUUUGUCGCAGUACAACUGUGUAAAUCUAUAAGGAAUAUACACAUAUGAAGCAAGUAUUUUUUUUAA